AUGUCUCUCAUGGCCAACAAAUGAGAGUAGUAAAGGUAAAUCAAGACAGCCGUUCGUACGAGCGUAGUACCACAACACAAUUUGGCACCUAAAUAAUCCCUGGGAUUUAUUAACUACUGUGUUUAAAGCUUCAGCAAUCCUGGGACAGGUCAGUAGAACCAUUGUUACCGUGGAUAUCCAUCAGCUGGCCCUGGGGUCCCUCCCACCAAGAUAGUGGGCGUCGAAGAUGCCCAGUGCCACAGGCAACACUACAGUGAAUAAUGUACACCACAAUAAUAUGUCAAUGAACAAUGAAGAAUGUGGCAUUUGCGAUGUGUGGGCACACAACCUAGACAAGGAGUUCCGCACAAUAAGGCAAAUUGUCCAGAAGUAUAACUAUGUAGCCAUGGAUACUGAAUUCCCCGGGGUGGUCGCACGGCCCAUAGGAGAAUUCAGAAGCACGGCAGACUAUCAAUACCAACUGUUACGGUGUAAUGUAGACCUCCUGCGGAUUAUUCAGCUCGGGUUAACAUUCCUGGAUGAGCAAGGGAAAACACCCAGAGGGCCAUACACCACCUGGCAGUUCAAUUUCAAGUUCAAUCUAUCGGAGGACAUGUAUGCGCAAGACAGCAUUGAACUUCUCACUAAUUCAGGGAUCCAAUUCAAGAAACAUGAAGAAGAUGGUAUAGAACCACUGUAUUUUGCAGAGCUUCUUAUGACAUCCGGUAUUGUUCUAAUGGACAAUAUCAAGUGGCUUUCAUUUCACAGUGGUUAUGAUUUCUGCUACCUUUUAAAAUUACUCACUGAUCAGAAUUUACCUGAUUCAGAAAGUGAGUUUUUUGAGCUUUUGAGGAUUUACUUCCCAAUCAUUUAUGAUGUGAAGUACCUGAUGAAGAGCUGUAAAAACCUCAAGGGUGGCCUGCAAGAAGUGGCUGACCAACUGGAGUUGAUGAGGGUGGGCCCUCAGCACCAAGCGGGGAGUGAUUCGUUGCUAACGGGGAAUGCCUUCUUCAAAAUGAGAGAGAUGUUUUUCGAGGACAACAUUGAUGAUGCCAAAUACUGCGGACACCUAUAUGGCCUUGGUACAACGUUUGUCAUUAAUGGCAACAGUUUCAUCGAUAAUGGUGACAACCACAAUGGGUCUCAGUAAUGAAAGCCCUGUUACUAUUUCGGAGAUUUCAAGCCAAGGCUAUUACGAAGUCAAAAAGGUGAUUUAACUCCUCAUCAUUGUGUAAGAACCAAAAAAGAAUAAGCUACAAGUGAUAAGCAACAACCCUGUAGAUCUUGUCAGAUUUUAUGAGAAACCUGACUUUGAUCCAUUGAGACAAACAUUAUAAUGAAUUAACUUUAUGGUUAUUGUCUCUAACUUGUUUUAGCAUUGUUUUUCUUUUGUUGAAGUCAUGAACUGUUGAUUAGUCACAGGACUGUAAACAUCAUCCAUUUUUCAAUGAAGUUUCUAUGAUGUGGGAUCUGUGAAAAGGCCAGUUGUUUGUUUUUUUAGCAAUUGCCUCUUGGACAGAUUUUUUUAUGAUUCUCACUGUAGUGUAUAUAAGCCAGUUUUAUAUUUGUGCAUGGGCACAAAUGCUGUCAUUCCAUGAACUUUUUUUGCGAGAGAUCUCUCUCUCUCUCUCUUUCAUACCAUCUCUUUAUCAAAUUUUCAUUUUAAUAUUCAUGAGAGAACAUUAUCAUUGUACAUUGUCAUUUUGUCAUAAGUUCUGAUUUGCCAUCUAUUUUCUGAAAGUGUAAAGAGAUUGUACAGCACUGUGCCACUGGUGCUGUAAAUGGCUAAUUACCUCAACCAUUCAUAUGAUUUGGACCCUCUUUUUUUGUCCUUGAUUUCAAAUAGGAACAAAAAAGUUGAUUGCUAUUUUUGUGUUGUACAAUAGAACAUGUGCAGAACUUAACCUCUGUAAGCAUGUCAUUUUUAUCAUUAAAACCACCUCAUAUUUA